CUUUCAAACAAUAUCUUGUAUGUUAAACAGCUGAAUGUGCUGUUGGACUGGUUAGGGGCUUCCUGGGGCUUGAAGCAGAAAGCGGCAUCUUGACCUCCACAUAAUUCAAACUGCACAUGCUGAGAGCCAGCCGGUUUUUACAGUAUAACUUUGUAGCGUCCGAGGUUAAGGCGACUGUAUUAUACCACUUUUUAAUUAGAGAAUACUGCUGGGACUCGGGUAGCUCGGUCUGAGAGGCUCACCGCACACGUACCACUUUAAUUAAUCAACUUUUUCUUUAAAAAGAACCCGUCCAACAACACGUGGCUGCUGCCUUUUCUUAACAAAACUCACCCCCCCUCGCCCGGGGCAAAUACUGUCCUACUUGUCACAACGUCACCAAGCGUCACGCUACUCACUGAAAGAUGCGUUAAUUCGUCACAUGACUGUGGUGUGUUUCAAAACAACAUAAUGAGAUCAGUUUGCUUAUUUACCAAAGUCUUAAAUCGGCGUUUCACGCUGGGAUACAACUUCUCUGUAACUACGGUAAACCUUUCCUAAAGCUUAGGAAAGCUUGGAACAUUGAAGAUAUAUUUUUGAAAAGUGGUGUCUGUAGCAUGUUUAAUUCAGAAAGUUUUUCAACCUCUUUUGCAGAAUUUAUUCGAAACUACCUCUGCCCAGAGCAGGUGUCAGUGUGACUACAGUCCUGACAGAUUAAUUUAACAUCGACCCACCCGUCUAUCCAUUUUCUACACCGGCUGGUCACACGCAGACCGCGUCGUGGACUGAUUACACAUAAAACCAGCAAUAAAAAGGGGAUUAGAAACUGAUGUUGUAAAAGUGCUCCAGAUAAUCAUUUCCAGAGUUCAGCCAAAGCUGAACAAAGGCUGAUCAAAAAAAAAAAAAAAAAAAAACACUGACCACAAGUAAAAUGGGUUAUUUGCGUAGCAAACGCCACCUCGCAUUUGCAUUAAAGUGGAUGGCAAAUAUACAGAAAAACAUAUCGCACCGAUCCCAAUGUUUAAAACUGCACUUUUAAAUUAUAUACACAGGACUCUUCAGUUGAACAAUAGGAGCGUACUGGCAAGUUUUAAUAACACUACCAACCAAGUUAUGGCUAAUACGAAAAAGUGUUAAUUUUUGUAUAAAAAUUAAAUUUCCAAAAUAUUUUCGAAAAUUAGCACUCUCCAGAUUCUAGUUUUUAAAAAUGUAACUUCCUGAUGUCUAAAAUAUUGCGCUAUUCGUUUUAACCGUCAUUCUGGUUUUGAUAGUCGUACUUAUAAUCUUUAGAAAUUAAUAUAACUCGGGCCCGCCCAUCCCCACGUCUUCCUUUCGUUUUCCUCAUAAUAAAUCAUAGGUUAAGGAACUAUAGGAUUGAAGUAAAUUGAGGCUGGUAAGUGCCGGGAUUUGUAUUUAUCGACACUCACCUGGACGAAGAUCUGCACAGAAGAUCAAACAGGCAACGAAAACUAUAGCUGACUAUUGUCGGAACCAGAGGGGGGAAAUACUCAAACUAAGUUUUAUUGGCAUGGCAGAGCUGUUGCGGUCGCUGCUGCGUGUGUCGGAGAAGGCGGCUAACGUCGCUCGCAUCUGCAGGAAGGAGGCACCGCUCUUCCAGCUGCUAGUCCAGGAGAAGACAGGGGAUGAUAAAACCAAGAAGUUUCUUCGGGAUUUCAAAACGCUGGCAGACGUCGUGAUCCAAGAGAUGAUCAGACAUGACCUUGUUGCCCAGUUCCCACAGCUGACAGGUUUUAUUUAUGGAGAGGAGUCCAACAAGUUUGAGAAUGGUCUAGGAGAGAGCAUCCAGGUCACAGUGUGUUCCUGCGAGGAGCACACUGCAGCUCUACUGGCUACAGUACUUGAUGGGUACCAGGCAGCUGCGGACUUGCUCGCCCAAGCCAUUCAUCAGGACAUUCAGCUGAUGGAUGAGGCUGCAGAAAGCUUGGAGCUACUCCUGUGUCCCAGUGAAGUGGCCAUAUGGAUCGACCCCAUUGAUGGAACUAGUCAAUACAUUGAGGGUCGAGAGGUUGUAGUACCAGAAGAAGAAGUGUGUCCAUCUGGACUUCACUGUGCCUUGGUUCUUAUCGGGGUGUAUCUGAGAGCCACUGGAGAGCCUGUGAUGGGAGUCAUCAAUCAACCCUUUGCAGGCCAGGGCUUGAAAGGCCAGCACUUCUGGGGAGUGUCUUUUGGGAACAUCAAAGCGUCCUCGAUAUCCAGUCUGACACAUCGAUCAGAGGAGGUCUUGUCUAUAGUGCUGAGCUCCAGUGAGAAGCAGAAUGUGAAAGAUGCUUUGUCUCCCCUUUGUGGUGGGAAGGUGAAAUACGCGUCAGGUGCUGGAUAUAAGAUCCUCUGUGUCAUCCUGGGUUUAGCAGAUGCGUAUGUCCUUUCAGAGGGCAGCACCUACAAGUGGGACUCCUGCGCCCCCCAUGCCAUUUUGAGAGCGCUGGGUGGGGGGAUUGUUGAUCUUGCUGAAUGCAUUGGCUGUUUGAAGGAAAAUGAAUACAGACAUACACAACUUACGUACCACCAACCAAAGCCUGGGAGCCAAGGGGCAGAGUGCUGGGCCAAUCACGGUGGACUGGUAGCCUACCUGAACUCGGCUAAGCUAAAGAGGGUAAUUGGAGCUCUUUCAGGCAAGGUAUGAGCACUAAAUAUGCUGCAGAGUAGAGAUGGAGGUACGCAAAAAUGGCUAGGAUUUCAGGGAUGCAUAAACGCUUGGUUUUCUGUGUCAAUGAGUAGCAAAAUCACACAUCAUGGAAACAUUUAUGUCAUAUAGAGGAGAACUUGCAUGGCUCCCUUAGAACAGCAGCUGGCAGAGAUUGUCAUGCAAACAUGGAGCUGCUUUGACUUUUAAAGGAACCAUGUAAAGUAUCUGCAAAUGCAGCUUGCGGAUGACUAAAGCCACAACUGUCAAGGGCUCGGAAGCGGGUGAAGCCCAAAAAAGGGAGUGACCACGUGUGCUAAUUGUCCAUUUCAAAAAGUUUGACUGUCCCUGCAUUAUUGAGAGCUACAGAAAAGUAGCUCGGAGUUUAAAAGAAAAGGACAAAUUUUAUAGUCAUGAAACACUUGUGCUUAUUUGAGCAAUCUUAAGUAAU